AUGUCACUCCUCACUAAUGGUGGCAGAAUCGUGCCCAUACUUACGGGCUCUGAUUCUCACGAUCCCACCCUCGAGGUGCCUGCGUUGUUAGAUGCAUCUCCUCCUCCAAUACCUUCGUCUUCAAUCUCUUCCCCACCAACCAUGCCCGGCUUGUUGCAGGACCAGCAGGCUUGCAAGCGAGCCAAGCCCAUGCACCACGCGAGCUUGGAGAUGGCCUCUCUUCAAGAGAGAGGCCUUUAUGCGCUCCCCACCGAGGGAGACGGUAAUUGUCUCUAUUACUCCCUCUCCGAUCAACUGUAUGGCGACACCCACCAUGCGGACGAAAUCCGCCAGCUUCUAGCCAACCACAUGGCUUCCAAUAAAGAUUACUUCAUGCAAUUUGUAGUUGCUGAAGGUGGGGAGCGCCGCCGCCCCAAACGUGCGGCCGCAUCUGCAUAUGCUACUCGCUCGGCCGAUGUCUCCGCUCCGACCAAGGAGGAUAUGGAACGGCGAUUCCAGGAAAUGAUUGCUACUACCCGCAGAAACGGGGAAUGGGGCAGCUCGGAGCAUCUCCAGGCAUUCUGCCAGGCAUUCAAGGUCGACUUGAAUGUAUACACCAUGGAUGGUGUUUCGGUGUUCCAAGAUGUCAAUGCCCUCCCAACUCAACCCAGGGAUGUUCUGCACGUAGCCUUCCAUGACUUCAAACACUACUCCUCAGUGCGGAAUGUUGGGGGCAAGCAUGAAGGACUUCUUACCAAGCUGAAGCCAUUCCAACCUAUCAAGGAGGAGGAGACGAUUAAGCCCGAAGUCAUUCCAGACUCCAAAUCCGACAUCGGUCGUGACGAAUUCACUUCACCGGAAGAGAAAAACGGCAGUGAUUAUCCAGCCGACGAUGCUGGCCUUGCUGUUGACCUAUAUCCCCCUUGGGAUAUCAAAUCCAUCCAUGAGGGAUUAGGGGGCCGAUAUGACCGGGAGACCAUUGUGGACAUGCUCCAGAGAUGUCGGGGCGACAUUGACCGCGCCUUUGCCGCGCUCUUGGACGAGAAGCUUCCAUUUGACAAAAAGGCUGCUCCCGGAAUUCCUGUCAAACCAAGCUUGCAGGCCUCGCGAUCUUCUUCUCCGUUCAGUACGGGUAGCAAGCGGUCCGCGGAGGACAGCGAGGAUUCCGAAGAUCCUCGUCCCGCACGACGUACUCGACCUAAGAAACGCCUCGUUUCCAAUCUUACCUUGGGCGUUGGUAUCUCAUUCAGGGAUGAACAUGACGAGGUCGUGUCCUUGAAUCUUCGAAUGAACUCCGACGCAGAGGACAGUCAGGCCACAGACCCCUCUCUCCCGGGCAACACUACCCCGGAACAAUCGGACACAGACGGAAAGAAAUGUCGCCGCAGUAGGCGACUUUCCCGUCAACGCCCUAACUGA